AUGUUUAAUCGAAACAGAAGGGACAUUUUCUUUGCCGUUCGAGACAAAUUGCCAACUCCACCUCCCACUACCACUCCUUCCGACAGGCGCAAUUACAAUCUGUGGUGUGACUACCACAAGGAGCACGGCCAUACCUUGGCCCAAUGUCGCGAACUCAAACGUAUCCUGCAUCAACUGGCCGAGGAAGGAAAGCUUUCCAGGUUCCUCAACAGGAGGGACUAUGAGGCGGGAAGAGAAGCGAACCGAAGGCCGUGGAAUCAAAGACGCGGAUCCCCAAAAAGGGAAGAGGCGAGGCACGAAAAUUCCCACACGCAAGGGACCAUCAACGUGAUUUUCGGAGGAUAUACUGAGGAAUAUCCUACCUUUUGCGCCGCGAAAGAUAGCGUCCACACUCUGCUAAAGGGACCUCCAUUAACCAUGAAAGUCAAAAGGGUACUCGUGGAUACAGGAAGCACGGCCGAUCUCAUUACAAUGAAGUGCUUAAGAAAAAUGAAGUUUGAGGAAAAGCACUUACAACCCCUAGAUAAGCCGCUGAUCGGGUUUGGGGGAAGUCAGGUCAUUCUGCUAGGAACGAUCAUUCUCCCCGUGCGCGUAGGAGAAAGAAAUGAAAGUAGGUCCAUGCCCAUACGCUUCACGGUAGUGGAUCUCACUUUCCCCUACAACGCCAUCAUGGGACUUCCCCUCAUUAACAAAAUCAAAGCUGCCAUCUUCCCUCAUCAACUCUUGUUGCAAUUCGAGCGGGAUGAUGGGCAAGUAGGCAUCCUCAAGGGAGAUCAGGUAACGGCCCGCCAAUGCCUCAUAAACACUCUGAAGCGCGGACAUUCCGCGACACUCGCCAAAAGGGAAAGGGAAGAUCAAGACGCUCCCGCUGUCAUGAGCGUGUAUAUGGAAAACCCUAGCACACAUGAAAGGCCUCGCCCCAUAGAAAGAUACGAGGAAGUAGACAUGUUCGAGGGAAAGCAAGUCAAGAUAGGGAAAGAUCUUCCUGGUACGAUUAAGCAAGAAAUCGUGGCCACCAUUGCUGAGUUCCGCGACGUCUUCGCCUUCAGCACGGAAGAAAUGCCUGGCAUCUCUACUAGCGUCAUGUGUCAUAAACUUGACAUAAGACCAGGCCACAAACCAGUGAAGCAAAAGCUGCGGCAUCAAGGAAAAGAGCGGACCGAGGCCGCCAAAGAAGAAGUUGAAAAAUUGUUGAGAGCCGGAUUUAUUAGAGAAUGCAAAUACUCUGAUUGGCUAUCCAAUGUCGUCCUCGUGAAGAAACCAAAUGGCAAAUGGAGGAUGUGCGUCGAUUUCACGGAUUUGAAUAAAGCAUGUCCCAAGGACGACUAUCCACUCCCAAAAAUAGAUCGCCUGGUGGACUCCACAGCAGGCCAUGCGCUAUUAAGUUUCAUGGAUGCCAAUGCCGGAUAUCAUCAGAUUCAAUUGGCGCCGGAGGACCAACCACACACGGCCUUCAUUACUAGCAUGGGUGUCUAUUGCUACAAAGUCAUGCCCUUCGGGUUAAAAAAUGCUGGAGCCACUUAUCAGAGAAUGAUGAAGCUCAAUCCGGACAAGUGCGUAUUCGGGGUCACCGGAGGAAAGUGUCUCGGCUUCUUGGUAAACGAACGGGGCAUCGAGGCAAAUCCAGACAAGAUUCAUGCCAUUCAGAACAUGAGAUCCCCCACCUCCGUAAAAGAAGUACAAAAGCUCACGGGGUGUAUAGCUGCUCUGGGAAGAUUUCUUUCAAAGUCCGCGGACAAAUGCUUGCCUUUCUUCAAAACGAUAAAGCAACAGAAAUUCGAAUGGACCGCGGAAGCAGAAGAGUCUUUCCGCCAGCUUAAGGAACACCUAUCGGCCUUGCCAAAACUAGUUUCGCCCAUCAACGGGGAAAAGCUAGUCUUAUAUGUCUCUGUCUCCGAAUACUCGUUAUCCGGAGUGCUUGUGGCGGAAAGGGAAAAGAAGCAGCUCCCAGUAUACUAUGUGAGUCAUGCAUUCCGUGGCUCGGAAGGGAACUAUUGCGAAGUGGAAAAGCUAGCAGAUUUCGUCAUCGAGUACGAACCUCGAACGGCAAUUAAAGCACAAGCCUUGGCUGACUUUAUUGCUGAAAGCACUUCCCCCCCUCCUGCUGAACUUAAUCAAGAAUGGAAAUUGUAUGUAGACGGGUCUUCAACACAAUCGGCGAGUGGGGCCGGGCUCCUCAUUGUGUCUUCCGCCGGGGUCCGUAUGGAAAGGGCGGUCAGAUUCGAGUUCGCGGCAUCCAACAAUGAGGCCGAAUACGAAGCAUUACUGAUGGGGCUGAAAAUCUGCUAUGAGGCAGGGGCUAAAGAAUUGGCCGCAUUCUCUGACUCCCAAUUAAUAGUGGGGCAAGUAAACGGGGAAUUCGAGGCUAAAGAUGAUAGCAUGAAAAUGUAUCUGCAGCAAGUGAAGGACUUUGUUCCAAAGUUUGAUAAGUUCACGUUGGAGCACAUUCCACGAUCCCAAAAUGCCCAAGCCGAUUCCCUAGCAAAACUUGCCAGCUCAGCAGAUACUUCCGCGGCUCGAGAUAUAAUCUGGGAAGUGCUCCCUAACCCCAGCAUCAAUUUCAUGGUCAAUACCAUCGACAGAUCCGAAACAUGGAUGGGCCCAUACGUGAAGUACUUGCAAGAUCAAAUGCUCCCCCGAGACGAGAAUCAGGCCAAAAUGCUCCAGAAGAAGGCCAAAUGGUUCGAACUUCACGAAGGAACGCUCUAUAAAAAGUCAUACACACAUCCCCUUCUGAAAUGUGUUGCUCCUGAAGAAGGAAACUAUAUCCUACGCGAAAUACAUGAGGGUGGAUGCGGAAUACACUAG